CCAAGUCUCAAACUUGUAAAGGAACUUGAUCUAUUUUAUAACAAUGGGUGAUCCUACUGGCGAGCCGGGGAGCUCCAUGCAUGGAGUCACCGGUAGAGAACAGAGUUAUGCUUUCUCGGUGGCUUCACCAAUUGUGCAUACCGACAAAACGGCCAAGUUCGACCUGCCGGUGGACACAGAGCAUAAGGCAACGGUUUUCAAGCUCUUCUCCUUUUCCAAACCACACAUGAGAACGUUCCACCUCUCGUGGAUCUCUUUCUCCACAUGUUUUGUCUCGACAUUCGCGGCUGCACCACUUGUCCCCAUCAUCCGGGAGAAUCUCAACCUCACCAAACAAGACAUUGGAAACGCCGGAGUUGCCUCCGUUUCCGGGAGUAUCUUCUCUAGGCUGGUGAUGGGAGCCGUGUGUGAUCUUUUGGGUCCACGUUACGGCUGUGCCUUUCUUGUUAUGUUGUCCGCACCUACGGUGUUCUCGAUGAGCUUCGUGAGUGGAGCCGCAGGCUUUAUAACUGUUAGGUUCAUGAUUGGAUUUUGUCUGGCGACGUUUGUGUCUUGUCAAUACUGGAUGAGCACUAUGUUUAACAGUCAGAUCAUCGGUCUGGUGAACGGGACAGCUGCCGGUUGGGGAAACAUGGGUGGCGGCAUAACGCAGUUGCUCAUGCCCAUUGUCUAUGAAAUUAUUAGGCGUGCCGGAGCAUCAGCGUUCACGGCCUGGAGGAUCGCCUUCUUUGUUCCCGGUUGGUUACACAUCAUCAUGGGAAUCUUGGUGCUCACGCUAGGUCAAGAUCUGCCAGAUGGUAACCGAGCUGCCUUGGAGAAAGCGGGAGAAGUUGCAAAAGACAAAUUCGGAAAGAUUAUGUGGUAUGCCGUUACAAACUACAGGACUUGGAUCUUCGUUCUUCUCUAUGGAUAUUCCAUGGGAGUUGAGUUGAGCACUGAUAAUGUUAUCGCCGAGUACUUCUUUGACAGGUUUCACUUGAAACUUCACACAGCCGGGCUCAUAGCAGCAUGUUUCGGAAUGGCCAAUUUCUUUGCUCGCCCAGCAGGAGGAUGGGCAUCUGACUUUUCAGCCAAGUACUUCGGGAUGAGAGGGAGGUUGUGGACGUUGUGGAUCAUUCAGACGGCUGGUGGUCUCUUCUGUGUAUGGCUUGGCCGCGCCAACACCCUCGUAACUGCAGUUGUAGCUAUGGUCCUAUUCUCUUUAGGAGCACAAGCCGCUUGCGGAGCCACCUUUGCAAUCGUGCCCUUUGUCUCCCGGAGAGCUCUAGGCAUAAUCUCGGGAUUAACCGGGGCUGGGGGAAACUUUGGAUCAGGGCUCACACAGCUCAUCUUCUUCUCGACCUCACAUUUCACAACUGAAGAAGGGCUGACGUGGAUGGGAGUGAUGAUAGUUGCUUGCACGUUGCCUGUGACCUUAGUACACUUUCCUCAGUGGGGAAGCAUGUUCUUGCCUCCGUCCAAAGAUCCAGUCAAAGGUUCGGUGGAGCACUAUUAUGUUUCGGAGUGGACUGAGCAAGAAAAACAGAAGAACAUGCAUCAAGGAAGCCUUCGGUUUGCUGAGAACGCCAAGUCGGAGGGUGGCCCCAGCGCCCGCUCUGGGAACACACCCAACAAUGCUUGAUCGUACUGUUGAUGUCUACAAGCAUCAAAGAUUUCAAUUAUGUGAAAUGGAAACAAACCUUGGGGAAAUAAACACCUAUUUAUUUUUCCAGUAUUCUAUUAUUGCGUUUUGCUUUUGCCUCUCUUGAUGUUUCUUUUGUAUGUUUGUACCGAGCAUUUUUUAAUUAAAAGCUCUUUUUGAUUGAA